AUGACGGCCGCCGUUUCUCCUCCUCGGUCUCCAUCAUGCUCAGACUCAAGAUCCCUCUCAGGACACCUGAGUCCCGCCGGAGCCUCCGGAGCCCCACAGCGGGACCUGCGGAGCCCCCACUGCCGCGCAGAGAGCAGCGACAGCCCGCAGGACGUGGUGGUGGUCCACGGGGGGAGAGGAGGAGGUGGGGAGAGCUUCAGGAGAGGAGGCUUCAAGGACACCACACCUGACGAGCUGCUCAGCGCCGUGAUGACCGCCGUGCUGAGAGACGUCCACCUGUCCACACACACACUGGGAGACAUCUGUGUCGGGAACGUGCUGCAGCCCGGCGCCGGCGCCGUGAUGGCCCGAGUGGCGCACUUCCUCAGCGGGUUUCCAGAGACGGUCCCGGUCUACACGGUCAACAGGCAGUGCUCGUCCGGCCUUCAGGCUCUGUUCAACAUCGCAGGAGCCAUCAGGAGCGGAUCCAUCGACCUCGGGCUCGCCUGCGGUGUGGAGAGCAUGUCUCUGCGAGCGAUGGGAGACCCUGGAGACCUGAGCCACCGAGUGUCGGACAACGACAAGGCCCGAGACUGCAUGAUCCCCAUGGGCAUCACCUCGGAGAACGUGGCGGAGAAAUUCGGGAUCUCCAGAGAAAAGCAGGACGCCUUCGCUCUCAGUUCUCACCAAAAAGCGGCCCGGGCGCAGAGCUCAGGUGUGUUCGAGCAGGAGAUCGUUCCCAUCACCGCCCGCACAGUGGACGAGCAGGGGAGGGAGCGCCAGGUGACGGUCUCUCAGGAUGAGGGGAUCAGAGCGGGAACGACUCUGGAGGGACUCGCUAAACUCCGGCCGGCGUUCAAACCCGACGGCAGCACGACGGCAGGUAACUCCAGCCAGGUGAGCGACGGAGCGGCGGCCGUGCUGGUUGGUCGCAGGUCUGCGGUCGAGGCUCUGGGUCUGCCUAUCCUGGGAGUCCUCAGGGCCAGCGCCGUGGUCGGGGUCCCUCCGGAUCUGAUGGGGAUCGGACCGGCGUUCGCCAUCCCUGCAGCUCUGGAGCAGGCAGGUAAGAUCCGAACCGGCAUGAACCUCCUCACACAGCCACAAAGUUCAGCUGUCGGUAUGUUUUGUCGUGUUCGCUGUGAGGACUCACCGCUGCAGCCGCGCCGGUCCCGAUCCGCCGGUCCCGAUCCGCCGGUCCCGAUCCGCCGCACAGAGGCCGGCCAGAGCCAGCUCAGCGCCGCCCGAAGCGUCUCAUUCCCCGGCUCAGACCCGCAGCUCAGACCCGCAGCUCAGACCCGGCUCACCUCCGGAUCAUCCGGCUCUCAAGAUCUGAUCUCAGAUCUGCAGCUGAUCAGCAGCCCGCUCACACUUCCUGUCUCAGCCUUCAAAGUAAAAGUCCUGCUGCACACUUCAAAGUUUUUGUGUCGUUCACAAAAAUCACAGAGACGCAGCGAUGACGACAUCAGACCUCAGAGCUCAGGCUCCUCCCACUAA